AUGUCCGCGGCGCCGUAUAUGGCCCCGAGUACCCGCAAUUACACCCGCAAUCCAGAGCAAGGCGUCCAGACCCCCUCCUCCGGAACCCAGAUCAUUGAAUCUAUUAAAAUAAUAUCAGCAAACCAACCCACCAAGUCGGGUAUAGUUAAACUCAAGGAUUCCGAUACCCUUACGGAUGGCGCCUCGCCCUCCUUUAAGAACUGGCGUAUCCAAAUUAAGGACAAGUUCCUUAUUAAUAGUCGUAUAUUUAACUCGGAGCAGGCCAAGAUAGCCUAUAUCUUUAACCGGACGGCCGAUAUUACCCAGAAAUACCUGGCCCCCUGCUACCGGAAAGGUCCUGAACCCUUUAUAACCGCUAUAGAGAUAGUUAUGUACCUAGCAGAAAUCCUGGAGAACCUGUUCGAGGCAUAA